AUGGAUGGGUUUAGAAGCUGUAAGGUUACAAUCGGAAACGAGGCAAGAGUUAUUCCUGAAAGCGAAAGGCCUGUUUCUGAGCUUACACACGAAUGGAAGGUCUAUGUACGUGCACCAGUAGAUGUUGUUAAGCGAGUUGAGUUCAGAUUGCACGAGUCGUUUAGCAACCGGUUGGUGAGUGUGGAGUACCCUUUUGAGGCUGUAGAGAGGGGAUGGGGAGAGUUCAGCAUCCAAAUAAAAAUUGUGCUGUGGAACGGAGAAAAGAUACACUGUAGCCAUUUUCUACAGCUGCAUGGAAGUGCCGAUGUGAUUGUGAAUGAACGAGUUGACGAAAUUGUGUAUCGAGGCGAGCCCAAUGCGAUAUUUGUUGAGGAAGAUGAAGAAGCAGAAUACAAGAAGAUUGAAGAUGCAAUCUUGAAGAUGCUGGAUAAAUUCAAGGAGAUUGGUGCAUAG